AUGAAAGCUGAUUAUGAAGAGCACGACGCUAUUCUGAUCGCUCGUUGCAUGAUGCAGAUCAAGGCAAAGUUUGAUACUGAUGAGGGUCUGAACUUCAUUCAACAGUAUUACAUCAAUCAAGGACUGAAGAAGUUCGGUGACGAUGGAAAGGAUGCUGUGGAUAAGGAAUUGAGACAAAUGCUCCUGAGAGAUUGUUUUACUCCCGAAUUUG